AUGGCAGAGCAAAACCACCUCAAUACCAACCUCAGGGACUUCGAGCGGGCUGCUCUUCAACAAAUUGUCAUAAUCAUCCGGCAGUACCGCAAUCUUCUCGGGAAUAAUAUUCACGGGCACGAGAUGUACCAUGCGCUCCUGAACUUCAUGGAAGACAUCGUUGAGAGAAUCAAUAGAGUUGGAGAGCAUCCAGAAUCCGAAGCAGGCAGAGAUCUAAUAGACAUCUACUUCGACGAAAUAUUCGAAACGAUGCAAGUUUUCGAUGGUCUUUUUGAUUAA